AUGGGCAGUAGGAAUAACACAAAUGUGCCUGAUUUCAUCCUUAUGCGAUUGACAGACUCUGAAGAGAUCCAGCGGGUCUUCUUUAUGUUAUUUCUUCUCAUAUACCUGAUUACGGUUUUGGAGAAUGCAGGGAUGAUACUGAUAAUUUGCCUGGAUCCUCAGCUUCACACCCCCAUGUAUUUUUUCCUCAGUCACUUGUCAUUCCUUGACCUUAGCUACUCAACAGUUAUCACACCUAAAACCUUAGAGAACUUACUGACUUCCAAAAAGUAUGUUUCAUUCAUGAGCUGCUUCACCCAGAUGUAUUUUUCUGUCUUCCUGGGUUUCACUGAUUUUUUCCUUCUCUCUUCAAUGGCUUAUGACCAUUAUGUAGCUAUCUGCAAUCCUUUACACUACCCAGUCAUUAUGUCCGUGACACUCUGCUGCAUCCUCAUCACUGGGUCCUAUUUGAUUGCCUUUACUGAAUCAUCAGUCAAUAUUGUUUACAUGAACAGUUGGCAUUUCUGCAGCUCCAAUGUAAUCUAUCACUUCUUCUGUGACAUAACCCCAAUUUUAGCCCUGUCCUGCACUGACACUCAUGACACUGAAAUCAUGAUAGUCAUUCUUGGCAGCAUAACUGCAAUGGUAUCUCUCAUUACAAUCUCUGUGUCUUAUGGGUCCAUUCUGUCUACUAUCCUGAAAACUAUUUCCACUUCAGGAAAGCACAAAGCCUUCUCUACUUGUGCCUCCCACCUCCUUGGAGUCACCAUCUUUUACAGCUCUGCAACUUUUACUUAUUUAAAACCAAAGCUGUCCUACUCCUUGGGAAGGGAUCAAGUGGCCUCUGUGUUUUAUACUAUGGUGGUCCUCAUGCUGAAUCCAUUAAUUUAUAGUCUUAGGAACAGAGAAGUGAAAAAUGCUCUCAUUAGGUUCAUGCAGAAGAGAGAGGGCUCUAGGCAACUUAAAUGA